GAUAAUAAAAUAUUAUUUAUUUAUUGGGUACAGAAAAUGAACUCUAAAAAUUGUAGAGAAUUAUAGUACGUAGGUCGUCGUAGGUAGCAGUUAGAUAGUAAGAAGGGUUAUUUCAAAGGGAAAAACUCUUCAUUCUUUCACUCCAUUUAGCAACAGAAUUCUUAGCAAUGGCCAAAGAAAACAGCUCCAACAAACCGGAGGAGGCAGUGGGGACGACGCAACAUCAGUUGGACCUAGCUGAAGCCAUCAAGAAAUGGAUUCCGGUUUUGAGAGUGACAAGACUCUCUGAAAAGGCCAUGUUGCCCGAAAGAAUGUUUCCUCAGUCCGCCGCGUAUGAUCUUUUCAGUGCUGCAGAUACAGUAGUACCAGCCCGAGGUAAAGCUAAGGUUCCUACUGAUUUAAGUAUAGAGUUCCCGCCUGGAACUUAUGGUCGUAUUGCUGGAAGAUCGAGUAGGGCAUGGAGAUACUCCCUUCAAGUUGGAGCUGGAGUGGUUGAUUUGGAUAAAGAUCCAGUAUUCGUGAUCUUAUUCAACCAUGCUGAUACUGAUUAUGAAGUGAAGGUCGGUGAAAGAAUCGCACAGAUGGUAGUAGAGCUCCACGCCACUCCUGAGAUUGUUGAGGUUUAUCAAUGAUCAUGAAACCAUAAGAGCAUUACUAUCUUUUAGUCUUCAACCAUCUUAUUUAUUUCCCUGAUUUUUAGCCAAUUGGUAUCGUCUUGGUGAUUUCGUGAACCACCCACCAUCCUGUGUUGCAAAAUAAUUGUUGUUUGUGUACUUGUAUCACAUCUACUCUGAUCUUUGAUUUGAGAUGAGAAUAGAAGUAUCGAUGUCACUAUGACAUUGUAUCUAUAUGAACACUCUGGGGUUCAUCCUGAUCAAUAAAUCAUAGUUUUUGGAAA